CCGGCCGCCGCCGAGCAGGCAGCAGCCGCGUCAGGGCCGUCCGGGGGCCACGCUGGCGAUGCCCGCAGUCCCCGCAGCGCCCCGCGGGACCCGCUGACUUGCCCCCGGGCCGGGGUCACACCGGGCCGGGCCGGGCCGCGCGCCGCGGCGCUGCCUGCAUGACCCUCCGGCGGCGCGGGGAGAAGGCGACCAUCAGCAUCCAGGAGCAUAUGGCCAUCGACGUGUGUCCCGGCCCCAUUCGGCCUAUCAAGCAGAUCUCCGAUUAUUUCCCCCGCUUCCCGCGGGGCCUCCCCACCGCCGCCGCACCCCGCGCCCCCGCGCCCCCGGACGCCCCCGCGCGCUCUCCCGCAGCCAGUGCCGGCCCCCGCAGCCCCUCCGACGGCGCCCGCGACGACGACGAAGAUGUGGACCAGCUCUUCGGAGCCUACGGUGCCAGCCCCGGCCCCAGCCCCGGCCCCAGCCCCGCGAGGCCGCCCGCCAAGCCCCCCGAGGACGAGCCGGACGUCGACGGCUACGAGUCAGACGACUGCACUGCCCUGGGUACGCUGGACUUCAGUCUGCUCUAUGACCAGGAGAACAACGCACUGCACUGCACUAUCAGCAAGGCCAAGGGCCUGAAGCCGAUGGACCACAAUGGACUGGCUGAUCCCUACGUCAAACUACAUCUGCUGCCUGGAGCCAGCAAGGCGAAUAAGCUCAGAACAAAAACCCUCCGGAACACUCUGAACCCCUCGUGGAACGAGACCCUCACUUAUUACGGAAUCACGGACGAGGACAUGGUCCGAAAGACCCUGAGGAUCUCCGUGUGUGAUGAGGACAAAUUCCGCCACAAUGAGUUCAUUGGAGAGACUCGGGUGCCCCUGAAGAAGCUGAAGCCUAAUCACACCAAGACGUUCAGCAUCUGCCUGGAGAAGCAGCUGCCGGUGGACAAGGCAGAGGACAAGUCCCUGGAAGAGCGAGGCCGCAUCCUCAUCUCCCUCAAGUACAGCUCACAGAAGCAGGGCCUGCUGGUGGGCAUUGUGCGCUGUGCACACCUGGCUGCCAUGGAUGCUAACGGCUACUCGGACCCCUAUGUGAAAACAUAUCUGAAGCCAGAUGUAGACAAGAAAUCCAAGCAUAAGACAGCAGUGAAGAAGAAAACACUAAACCCAGAAUUCAAUGAGGAGUUCUGUUACGAGAUCAAGCAUGGAGACCUGGCCAAAAAGACUCUGGAGGUCACUGUCUGGGAUUAUGACAUUGGAAAAUCCAAUGAUUUCAUCGGUGGUGUGGUUCUGGGCAUCAACGCCAAGGGCGAGCGCCUGAAGCACUGGUUUGACUGCCUGAAGAACAAGGACAAGAGGAUUGAGCGUUGGCACACGCUCACCAAUGAGCUCCCAGGGGCUGUACUCAGCGACUGACUGUCCCAUCUGCUGCCACCCACCCUUGCCACCCGGCCCACACAGGUCCAACCCUGGGCUUUCUCAGCUGCCGCCAAGGGCUGUGGCCCUCACAAUGGGCAAGAUCCAGGUUGUCUGCUCGGACAUAGACAGUGCAGCCCCUGCUAGGAGGCCAAGAGCACCCAGCCUCCCUCAGAGGGACAGGAAAACACAACAUGAUACCUGUUCUAGCUCCCUGGGCACCCAAGCUGGCCAGAGCUGAGGGAAUCCUCAGCCUCAGCUCCGUCCAGAGGAAGGGCUAUCUACAGUGAGGACCUAUUGGAGGUGAGGGGUGGAGCCCUGCUGCAAGCCCAGAAAUGGGGGUACUCUGGCUGCCUGGAGACCACAGGGAGGACGAUAGGCAGGCAGAGCCCAGGACUCCAGGACAGACAAUGUAGCCAGCCAGAGCUUCCAACUUGCUUGUGCCUGGCAUUGAGGGGCAGAUAGACUCCGUGAGCCUCUGGGACGGGGAUUCCCAGUCUAGCAGGGCAUCUGGGUGCACAUAUUGCUACAAAGGGGUGCAGCAUACCAGAACCAGCCAGUUGUGUGCAGGGGCUGUGGGUACUGCUGACUGCUGAAGGGUGGAGGGCAAGGAAGGCAUCCCGUGAGAGUCAGGGCUCAGCACAGUCUUGAAAACCCGGCUGUGGCUUGAAAGCUAGGGGAAAACCAAAUACAGACAAGAGGAGGCCUGAAAGAGGGUACCAGGGGACAGGGAGCCAUGGGGGCCUAGUGUUGCGCUGGGGCAGCAUUGGGCUUUUAGGCAGGAGCUAGGCUUGGGGAUGUCUACAAGCACUUGGGAAACAAUGUUCAAACCCAAGCUCUCCCAUUUGAUCUUGCUCCCAAGGGGCCUCAAUCCACACUGCUCCUGUUCUCAGCGUAAAUGUCCAGUCAGCUUCAGGGGAAAGAGAAAAGGAGCCCUACUAAUGUGGAAAGAGGCAAGCGUCCCUCCUGCCCACCUGUCCCUUCCUGCCUCAUCCCCUCAGCUCAGGCUGGUUUUAGGUCCCUCACGGCUACCAAUGGCAUCCUGGCCCUAUCAAGACAGUCAGGACCAGCAGUGGAAAAAAGAAAGCCUUGUUUGGGGGAAGGUGGAGGGAUGGGGGUUCUGCCCUCAGGAGCUGAGAACUCUGGCCUCACUUUCUAGGAAAGGGUAGGACACUGGUCAGUCUUGAAGCUCCCAACUGCCUCCUGCCAACUGGGAUUUAGGAGCACAGGGGGAACAGGGAACCAAGGAGUUCCACCACCAUCUCAGAGCCCCAUUUUCCUCAAUCCAUCACUGAGUGAUAAGACAUCGGGGUCCUGCCCUAAGCCUGGAACCCUCCUACAGCUGAAAUAAGGACUCGGGGCCCCAGGACAUGAUUCCAAUCCAGAGCGCUCACCAGCCUUCCCUAGUUGGCAGGGAAAAUAGGUCUCUAGCCCUCCACAGCCACCUGUUGCUCGUAAGAGACUGGGUUUCCCUCUUAAAAAGGUGCCGCCUGUUACUGAAUUGGCAAACGCCUUCUUAUUGAAUCUUCACCAUCCUGUGUGGUGGGAGGCAUGGUCAACCCAUUUUAUAAAUGAAAUGGCUCCAGAGUUGUUGAUAAACUUCCAGGGCCACCAAGGUGUGAAGGGCUGAAGCAAAAACUCCAAGCCUUUUGACUAUCUGAGGACAAGGACUCUCAGGUCCCUCUCUCCGGAGUUAAUGGGGCUUAGUGAGGUCUGUUACAGAGAAGUCUUGUUAUUGUCAGCCACCUCACCCUCUAGCUAGCUUUGAAAUCAUCUGUGCCAUUUAGGAUUUGCCAAAGGCCACAGCCAAGCCUUGGAACUCAGCUGUCCCACCCCCAGCUUGAGGUCAAGGGACUUGGGGGACGGGCCUGAUGUUUUCCCCAUACAGCUAGAAACAGGAGCAGGUAUUUAAGUGCACCUGGUUGAGCUCUGAGUAACUCAGAUUUUGCCUUUUGGGAUGCUUUGUUCAGAGAGGAAUCUAGAAACCCCCUGACGAUACAGAAAUGUUUAUUAUACCUAAAUGUUUAUUAUGCCCGAGGUGACUGAAGCUCAUCAAAAGAACAGGUGGCUCAGGUGGACAAGAACCCUGGAUCCCUGUUGCACCAGGCAGUAAGUGGGUUUGGGCCUCAAUGAUGAGCCUUGCCAAUCCCAGGGACAGGCAGGGUGGGAAGCAGGGCUUCUAGCCACCUAAAAAGUGAUGGCCACUAAAGUGAUGGAACUUUCCCGGAUCCUGGAACGUUUCUAAAUCCCCAGUACAUUACAUCUCUACUAAAGGGAAAAAGCCCUUUGAGAAGUUGCAGAAUCAGUUCAGGCUUUCAUUCCAAACGAGUAUCUUCCUUCUGGCUCAUCAGCGUUGCAAAGAGGAAAUUUGAUACCAAAAACAAAGGUCAUUCCAAAGUACUGUCAGUAACCAGAGCCUCUUGAUGCCCAUCAUCCACCUCGCGUCCUGGUCUCUGCCCCGCCCUCCACCACCGUUAGCCAAUCCCCGAACGGUCCCGUCUUCCAACCCAGAGUCAGUGACCUCCUGACCUCUAGUGGCAAAAAAGAGGAACUGCACCUCCGUGGCCCGCCCGCCCGCCCGCUGAGCUCGGGCCAAGCAUGUCCUGCCCUCCGUCCUUCUCCAGCCAAGUGAAUCUCCCGAUGCAUGGACUCUGGCUGUCCUCGACACGGACUCGUGCACUGCUUACAGUUUUGCUGCCACGUGACGGCUGCAGAAUACAUCCUCAAACUGCAGCGCCACGACACAAUUUUUGUAAUCUUGUCUGACCUUCCCAAAGGUGUCCUUUUUAAGUCUUAUUUGUUAAUAUUUAUAACGAUAUAUAAUUCAAAGUAAAUGAGAACGUCGUACUGA